AUUUCUGUGGGUUGGUUUGUUUCUCUCUCAAACUUCCUCUCUCUACCCUUCACUUUCGCUAAAAUUCUCGAGAUUGGUGUCUGAGAUAAAAGAUCAGGGGACCCUGUUCAAGCUCUUCUCCAACUGGGUUUUUACACAAACUCAUCCCCUGUGCAAGAGAGAGAGAGUCUGAUGAGUGAGAGAGGAGGCUCUCUUGGACGAGAGAGCCUGCCUGUUCAUGCAAAUUAAUCACCACCAAUUCAGUGUCGAUACUGUGAACCAAGAGCUCUAAAACACUCGUACACUCUCUGGGUUUUUCUCUGUUUUUCAACUUUGUGAGUAUUUGUUGUUUUUGUGUUCUCUGAGUUUGUUGUCAAUGGCGCUUUCGAUGCACAGAGAUCUCUCGAACAAGCAGAUGGACACGAGCAAGUACGUGAGGUAUACACCUGAGCAAGUGGAGGCCUUAGAGAGGGUCUAUUCGGAGUGUCCAAAGCCUAGUUCUAUGAGAAGGCAACAGCUUAUCAGGGAAUGUCCUAUUCUCUCUAACAUUGAGCCUAAACAGAUCAAAGUCUGGUUUCAGAAUCGCAGAUGCCGUGAAAAGCAGAGGAAGGAAGCAUCUCGUCUCCAGACUGUAAACAGGAAGCUCAAUGCCAUGAACAAGCUGUUGAUGGAAGAGAAUGACCGUUUACAGAAGCAAGUGUCACACCUGGUUUAUGAGAAUGGAUACAUGCGCCAACAACUGCACACUGUAUCCACAACAGCCACAGACACUAGCUGCGAGUCUGCGGUCAUGAGUGGUCAGCAUCAACAACCAAACCCAACACCUCAGCGUCCGCAGAGGGAUGCUAACAACCCAGCUGGUCUUCUUGCAAUUGCUGAGGAGACCCUGGCAGAGUUCCUUUCCAAGGCUACUGGAACUGCUGUCGACUGGGUCCAGAUGAUUGGGAUGAAGCCUGGUCCGGAUUCUAUUGGAAUCGUUGCUGUUUCCCGCAAUUGUAAUGGGGUAGCAGCGCGAGCCUGUGGUCUUGUGAGUCUAGAACCCAUGAAGAUCGCUGAAAUCCUCAAAGAUCGUCCAUCUUGGUUUCGUGACUGCCGUUGCGUUGAAUUAUUUAGUGUAAUCCCUACAGGAAAUGGAGGGUCAAUAGAACUCAUAUACAUGCAGACUUAUGCACCAACAACAUUGGCAUCGGCACGUGAUUUUUGGACACUAAGAUAUACUACAAGUUUAGAAGAUGGAAGUCUUGUGAUAUGCGAGAGGUCUUUGACUUCUUCCACUGGUGGCCCAGCAGGCCCGCCUCCGUCAUGUUUUGUAAGAGCCGAAAUGCUACCUAGUGGUUUUCUCAUACGACCUUGUGAGGGUGGUGGCUCCAUUGUUCACAUCGUUGAUCACAUCAACCUAGAUGCUUGGAGCGUUCCUGAAGUUCUGAGGCCGCUCUAUGAAUCAUCCAAAAUUCUAGCUCAGAAAAUGACUAUGGCUGCCUUGCGACACAUUCGGCAAAUUGCACAGGAAACUAGUGGAGAAAUUCAGUAUAGCGGGGGUCGUCAACCCGCUGUGUUAAGGACAUUUGGUCAGAGAUUGUGCAGGGGUUUUAAUGAUGCUAUUAAUGGAUUUGUGGAUGAUGGUUGGUCGAUUAUGGGUAGUGAUGGUGUGGAGGAUGUGACCAUUGCCAUAAACUCAUCUCCAAGCAAAUUUCUUGGUUCGCAGUAUAACACAUUGUCAAUGCUUCCAACUUUUGGAGGAGUGCUGUGCGCAAAGGCAUCAAUGCUUCUUCAGAAUGUUCCCCCUGCUUUGCUUGUUCGUUUUCUGAGGGAACACCGUUCCGAAUGGGCUGACUACGGAGUUGAUGCUUACUGUGCUGCAUCUCUUAAAGCUAGUCCUUAUGCAGUUCCUUGUGCCAGACCCGGUGGCUUCCCUAGUAGCCAGGUCAUUUUACCUCUUGCGCAUACUGUGGAGCAUGAGGAGUUCUUGGAGGUGGUCCGCCUAGAGGGUCAUGCAUUUUCCCCAGAGGAUGUAGCUUUGUCACGAGAUAUGUACUUAUUACAGUUAUGCAGUGGGGUUGAUGAGAAUGCAGCUGGUGCCUGUGCUCAGCUUGUCUUUGCACCUAUUGAUGAAUCGUUUGCUGAUGAUGCUCCAUUGCUGCCAUCUGGUUUCCGAGUUAUACCAUUGGAUCCUAAAUCAGAUGCCCCUACUGCGACCCGAACAUUGGAUUUGGCUUCCACGCUUGAAGUGGGUCCUGGAAAUGCACGUCCGACUGGGGAAGCUGAUAUGAACAGUUAUAAUCUUAGAUCAGUUCUGACUAUUGCAUUCCAAUUCACUUUUGAAAACCACUUGCAAGAUGAUGUUGCUGCUAUGGCACGCCAGUAUGUGCGUAGUGUUGUUAGCUCUGUUCAGAGGGUUGCCAUGGCUAUUGCCCCCUCCCGACUCAGCACCUUUAUGGGGCCAAAGCCACUGCCUGGUUCACCUGAGGCUCUUACUUUGGCACGAUGGAUUUGCAGGAGCUACGGGAUCCAUACUGGAGGAGAGCUCCUCCUGGUCGACCUCCAAGCAGGUGAUGCUGUCUUGAAACAACUUUGGCACCAUACAGAUGCAAUAAUGUGCUGCUCUGUGAAGACAAAUGCAUCUCCAAUUUUCACCUUUGCAAACCAGGCAGGGCUUGACAUGCUUGAAACUACUCUUGUGGCCCUUCAAGAUAUAAUGCUGGAUAAGAUUCUUGAUGAAGCUGGUCGGAAGAUUCUACUCUCAGAGUUCUCUAAGAUCAUGCAACAGGGAUUUGCCUAUCUACCAGCGGGGAUAUGUGUAUCUAGCAUGGGCAGGCCGGUGUCUUACGAGCAAGCCAUCGCAUGGAAAGUCCUCAACGACGACGAUUCUAGUCACUGCCUAGCCCUCAUGUUCAUGAGCUGGUCUUUUGUGUAAAAGGGUAACAGAUACCCCCAAAACUUGGUAUUUUAGCUCUCUUAAGUUAUAAUAGUGUCUAUUUUGUUAGAAACUUGCAUGUGACAUAUGAAUGAUACAUUGGCAGUAUCUUAUGGCACUUAUCUAUUUAUAUAUGAUUGUAUGGGUUGUAUUA